AGUUUGCUUGUUGCUCUGCACGCGUGCGGUUCGCCUUUUGAUUUCCGCUCCUACGACAAUACAAUCAACAAGCGAGACGUGUGAGCAUAUUCUGUAAAAGCCACAAAAGGUAGAAUAUAUUCAAAUUGUGCGGCUGCUAUUUUAAUCAGCUGUGCAAAGUUUGCAACUUUUCGUGACAUACGCGACGUAUACGUAAUGUGGCAUAUUGAAUUUAAGCAUAUAAAAUGCACAAUGUGUAACGUGUCUAGAAGGAUUUCAAAAUACAAUUUUUUUGGUUUUGGCGCUCUUGCGUGAAAUUUGCUCAUGGUUCAAGUGCAGAAAAGCCCAAAAACAAACAAUUCUCGAACGCGGCCAACAGUUUUAUGCUGUGCGCUUUGGGGAAUUUUAAGUGCAAACACAAACAACAAUGACGACAGCCAAAUGGACUUGGAUUCGGAUCUGCCGCCUGCUGCUGAGCAUUUUACUCGUUUUCAGCAGCGUUGCCGCAGAGACACCCAGUGGCUAUAAGCGUGAGAUAUGCGAGUUCCGCAAGGGCAGACUGAUGCAGCCCACCAGCUCGUAUCGCAGCCGUUUGCUUGCAAUGCGAGAGCAAAUGCUGAUACGUGCCACACUCGAGGGGCCCGAGAUCUAUGGAUACAUACUGCCCUCCACCGAUGAGCAUCUCAACCACGAGGUGGCGGCACGCGAUCAACGUUUGCACUAUCUCAGCGGCUAUACGGGGAAUCGUGCUGUUGCCGCAGUCACGCAGGGUGGCGCCGCCAUUUGGCUGGAGAAUCGCUAUGCACAGCAGGCGGAUGGGGAGCUUGACUGUGAUUGGGAGAUUUAUUUGGUGGGUGGCAAUGUCAGCAUGGCCCAAUGGUUUGGCCAUCAGCUGCAUAUGAACAAACGUAUUGGCGCCGAUCCGCAGCUGGUGCCGCAUCAUUUGUGGAUCACUUGGGAGCGUGAGCUGACCGAGAAGUUUCUGAAGCUCAUCAAAAUCAAUAGCAAUUUGGUGGACAUGAUUUGGGAGGCGGAGCGUCCAGACCCACCCAAGGAUCAUGUCAUACAGGUGCAAACACGCGAUUUUGCCGGCGAGAAAUGGGAGGACAAAGUUAAUGAGCUGCGUCGUCGGCUGGUUCAUCUGGGCUGUGAUGCCAUGAUUGUCACCUCACUCACAGAAAUUGCCUAUUUGUUGAAUAUUCGGGGCACAGACAUUCCGUACACGCCCGUGGUGAAGUCUUUUGCCAUUGUCAGCCGGGACGACAUAUUUUUCUAUGUGGAUCAUGGCAAGAUCAGUCUCGGCAUUGAUCUGCAUCUGCGCACUGAUUGCUAUAACGAGAACUGUGUCAAAAUUAAGGAGUACAAGCAAAUUUGGAGCGAUAUACGAACUUAUGUACAAAUCUGGAAGCGUGUGCUAGUGCCGGCACCUUGCGUUCAGGAGCCGGGUGCCUCCGAAGCGAUUUACUCAGCGGUGCCCGCCAAGAAUGUUGUGGAACACAUCUCGCCGAUUAUCUUUAUGCGAGCGCAAAAGAACUCAGAGGAGCAGGAGGGCAUGCGUAUGGCGCAUAUACGCGAUGGCGCUGCCAUAUGCGAGGCCAUGAGCAAUCUGGAGACCAGAUUCUACGUAGAGCAAUGGACUGAGGAGAAGAUCAAGUACGAGGUGGAGCUCUGGCGUUUGUCGCAGACCCAUGCCAAGGGCCUAUCCCUACGCACCGUGGUGGCCUACGGUGAACACUCGGCUCUACCCUACUACAUAUCCAGCAAUGUGACCAACAUUGAGGUUUCCGAUCAGAGCCUGCUGGUCAUCGAAUCUGGCGGCCAGUAUCUGGAGGGCACGACGGAUGUGUCGCGCACUUUUAUUUUUGGCGAUCCCACACGCGACAUGAAGAGAGCCUAUACGGCUGUGUUGGCUGGUAUUCUACACAUAUCCGAUCUAAUAUUUCCCGCCUCGGUGAAGCCAUCCGGUCUUGACAGUGUGGUGCGCGCCAAGGUGUGGCACGAGAUGACCGAUUAUCCGCAGGCAACCGGGCAUGGCAUUGGCGCCUUUGGUUCUGUCGAGGAGCCUCCCAUCUCAGUGGCUUAUGGACAGAACAGCAGUUUCCACUUUAAGCAGGGCUAUUUCUUCUCCAGCGAGUCUGGUUUUUACAAACGCGAUGAUUUCGGAGUACGCAUCAAGAAUGUGUUGGAGGUGUUGGACACUGGCAAAACAACGACCAGCGGUGAACACUUUUUAGCAUUCCAACCUGUUACACUGGUGCCGUAUGAGCCAAAACUGAUCGAUGGCUCGAUGCUGAGCUCAGAUGAGAAACGCAUGCUGAAUAGAUACAAUGCCAAAAUACGGAAACAGAUUGGGGACGAGCUGAAAAGACUGGGCAACAUGAAGGCCUUCUAUUGGAUGAUGAACAAGACGCGACACAUACGCGAGUAUCUGCCGGAGGACGAGUAUCGUGCAGCAAUGGGAGGUGGCUGCCACACCCACAUCCAUCCUGUCUACGUGCCCAUAUUAGCUGUGUGUCUAAUGAUUGUGGCAUCAUUCAUCCAUCUUUAGAAGCGAUAUAUUUAAGCAAUUGUAUGUGUGUGCCUGUACUUGUGUGCGUGUGUGUGUGUGUGUGAGUGUAUGUGGUUGCUUGGGUGUAAUUAUGUAGAUUUAGUUAGCUAUGCAAAUCGAAGAGAGAACUUGGGACUAACAAUUAAAAUACCAUUAUUAACUGUUAGAAUGUAUUUAAGUAGUAGCUUGAUUCAUUCAAUUCAUUUGAAGUUGAGAUACUUAAACCAAUGCAAGUACGUAAUGCAAUUGUAUAAACAUAUUUAACUAUCAAUAAUUUACCAAAAAAUAUCUGUUAAACUUCUUAUAUUAAUAUGAACAAUAUCUACUUAGGUAAGAAAUAAUGCUGUAUAUUUUUCUAAAUGUGAUUAAACGUAAAAUGUAUUGAAGGUG